AUGCAAGUGAAGGUGCUGAUGGUUUCUUCGGACUUAGAUGUCUACCAUGGUGGCACCCAAGUCAGUGGAGAGAAUAGUAACACAUCUCCUCCUUCUGUGAAAACCAUGAUUGAGAGCGCCAGUCUUGAUAAGGACAAGGACCCUGAGCUCCACCAUCUCAUGGUUGUUGCAGUCAAGGGUGCCUUCGACCUUCAAAUUUCCAGGAAGACCCCUGUGCUUGGUGCUGGCCUGACUGUCCAGGACAUCUGCAGCUCCCCAGGUGAUCUCCUGGCUCCAGAACUCUUCCUGAACACCUCCAUCGCUCGGGAGGGAGAAACGGUUGUGUUUCGCUGCUUGAUUGACUGGCAGUCUACAGUGACCCGAAUUGUGUUCUGCAAGAACGGGGUGGAGGUCUACAGCCUGAAAGCCCAGCAGGGUCAUCUGAGUUACAUCUUGCUGCUCAACAUCACCAUGGGGAGCAGAGGGACGUAUGCGUGUGGGUACCAGCACCGGAAUGAGAGGAAUUUGGUGAGGAGCUCUGCCCUCAGUACACCUCGAAACCUGACUGUCACAGGCAGCCGGUCCAGCUCCCAGGCAGGGACACCGACCACAGCUCCCCAUCCCGGGCUCCUCGACAACUUCCCCACAGGCAUCGUGCUGGGAGUGGCGGCCAGCUCCCUCCUCCUCCUGGCUGCAGCCAUCUCCUGUGCUGUGAAAAAAGUGGCCUGCAGAGAGAGGUGCCAAAGACCACCUGGUGAUGUUGGUUGUGCUGAAGAUUCUUUUUCUGACAACCAGAUUUACUAUAACAACACUGAUGGACUGGGAAGAGUUGAGGUCUCCAUGCCAAACUGCUCUGAAGCUUCACUGUACGCCAACUUAUGAGAAAGCGAGCCAUGAUGCAGCUGUCUUCUGAGUUAAGCAACAC